AACACCAUCGUCGUUGUACAGCACAUCUCUUUACCUCAAGCAUUCACAUAAUGUCCGACCUGUGCCCCGUCUACGCUCCCUUCUUUGGUGCUAUGGGCUGCACCAGUGCCAUCGUCUUCACGUGUAUCGGUGCGAGUUAUGGCACUGCAAAGUCUGGUGUCGGCAUUUCUGCCAUGUCGGUCCUCCGGCCUGACCUGAUGAUGAAGUGUGUCGUUCCCGUUAUCAUGGCUGGUAUCAUUGCUAUCUACGGUCUUGUCGUUUCCGUCCUUAUCUCUGGAGACCUUCAAAUGCAAAUGCCCUUGUACCAGGGCUUUGUCCAACUCGGUGCCGGUCUUUCUGUCGGUCUCUCAGGUCUUGCUGCUGGUUUCGCCAUCGGUAUCGUUGGUGACGCUGGUGUCCGCGGCACUGCGCAGCAGCCUCGUCUCUUCGUCGGCAUGAUCCUUAUCCUCAUUUUCGCUGAAGUAUUGGGCCUGUACGGUCUUAUCGUCGCGCUGAUCAUGAACUCUCGUGCUGGAGGGCUCGGGAACGUGUGCAACCCGUAAAUUCAUCGUUCUGGGGCGCACGAAGCGGGAAAACACUAUGCGGCGAGCAGUCGAGGAAGAUAUGGUUUACUGUCUACUGCAAUACAUGCAAAUGGACUCCCGUAGACAGCCUUGAGCUGUCGACACGUGUUAUGACCGCUUGGAAUUUCAGCUUUCACUCAGUUCACUUUGCUGUGACCGGUAUUAUACAUUGCUCAUAGCGUCGAUCAGCUUCUCUACCCAAAUGUACAGAGAUUCACAUACCCCGCAACUUAUCACCGUUUCUCCG